AUGGAGUUUUUCAAUUCUGCUCUGGGCAAGAACAUCAGCUUUGUGCGUCCUCCGUACUUCAUAAUAACUGGUUUGAUUGGGAUUCCUCAUGUGAACUAUUACUAUGGCAUUCUGUUUUUUAUUUAUGUUGGGAAUGUAUUUGGAAAUAUCUCAGUGUUGGCUGUCAUCAUUUUGGACAAUCACCUGAAAAGUCCUAAAUAUAUUGCUGUAUUUAAUUUGAUCUUGACAGAUCUGUUAAAUAUUAGUGCUUUGGUACCAAAGGUUAUUGACACAUUUCUAUUUAAGCACAAUGUGAUUCCUUAUGGUGAGUGUUUAGUGUACAUGUUGUUCAAUGUGGUGUUUGUGUCAAUGCAGUCUCUUAAUCUGGUUGUUCUUGCCAUUGAUAGACUAAUAGCUAUUGCUGCUCCUCUUCAUUAUCACGUCAAAACUACAAAACAGUUUAUCAUAAGCUUAAUUGUUUUUUUCUGGAUCUACUCCUUUAGUCUUACUCUGGUGGCAUUGGGUCUCCUCACAAGAAUAUCCAUUUGUGAAUCUGUUAUUCUAGCGAGUCAUUACUGUGACCAUGGCCUCAUCUACCGCCUUGGCUGUAAUGACGUGACCCCAAGCCGUAUCAUUGCUACUUUUAACCCAGCCUUAAAACUCUGGGUUCCUCUGGUUUUCAUUGUAGCGAGUUAUGUUUAUAUUGGUUUCACUAUAUUCAAGAUUUCAGUGCCAAAAGAACGAGUCAAGGCGCUGAAAACUUGUUCAGCUCACCUCAGCCUGGUUGCAAUGUACUACAUUCCACUCAUAUUUGUGCUUCAGUUUGUCUCAAAAAUUCCUACCAACGCACGAAUUAUGAGUCUGUCUAUGGCCACUAUUGUGCCACCAAUGUUAAAUCCAAUCAUUUAUGUUUUACAGAGCAAAGAAAUACAGGAUUCAAUAAAAAAGCUGCUUAAACUUAAAAGGUUAUCAGUGGUGGAAACAAAAUAA